ACUUGGAAGGGGUGAGAGGGAGUAGGCAGCAGCGUGGAUCCCUGCCCUUCCCAUUAGUUGGGAUGCCUGGCAGCUUGGGGACAGUGACCCGGACCCUGUUCUUCUUCCUCCUCGUCCCUGGCUGGGUAGAACCGAAGGCCUGCAUGCUCCCAUGCCAGUGUCCCCCCCAGACCCGGCAGUGCCCUGCAGGUACCAGCCAUGUGUGGGAUGUUUGUGGCUGCUGCAAGGUGUGCGCCCAGCAGCUGGGCGAGCUCUGCUCCUUGCACAGGCCUUGUGACCAUCACAAGGGCCUCUACUGCGACUUCUCCAAAAUCCACCAAGGCAGCGGGAUCUGCUUAGCUCAUGAGGGCACAACGUGUGACCUGCUGGGCAAGAUCUAUCUCAAUGGGGAGAGCUUCCAGCCCACAUGCAAGCUUCAGUGCAUCUGCAUGGAUGGGGCCAUCGGCUGCAUCCCGCUCUGCUCCAACGACCUGCGCCUGCCAUCCCCAGAGUGCCCCAACCCCCGGAGGGUGAAGUUCCACAACAAGUGCUGUGAGGAGUGGGUGUGUGAGGAGGGCAGUGAGGAGAACCGCUUUGGAACAGCCAUGGCAGUUUUCAGGGAGGAUCUAGCUCACAAGCCAGAGCUGAACAAACUGCAGGAGAACUGCCUGGUGCAGACCACAGAGUGGAGCACGUGCUCUCGGAGCUGUGGGAUGGGCAUCUCCACCCGCGUGACCAACAACAACCCCCAGUGCCGCCUGGAGAAGGAGACUCGGCUCUGCAUGGUCCGGCCCUGUGACUUCUCCAUGGAGAAAAUCAAGAGAGGGAAGAACUGUGUGUGGACCCCAAAGCAGCGCCAGAGCCUCCACUUUGAGUUUUCGGGAUGCACCAGCACCCAGUCCUACCGGCCCCGCUUCUGCGGCAGCUGCUCAGACGGGCGCUGCUGCAUCCCAUUCCUGACCAGCACCAUGGACGUGGAGUUCCGCUGCCCCGAGGGGGACUUCUUCCAGAGGAAGAUGAUGUUCAUCAGGAUGUGCUCCUGCCACCAUGACUGCCCCCAAGACAAUGACAUCUUCCUGGCCACGUAUCACCGCCAGAUGAUUGGAGACCACGUCAAGACUGAGCAGCAAUAGCCCUGCCUUGCCAGAUCUGAGGUGUGCAAGAGAGAUCUGCAGUGCUUUUGUGGCUUUGUCCUGGGCCAGUGCAGCCACUUUCCCUUCUGUGAGGGGCUGUGCCUUCCACAGCAGCACUGUUCACACCAGUGGUCCCUGUGUUUUUCCCAACGAGCUGACGGGGAAGAGCCCCAGCUGCCCCAGCCCCCUGACCCCCUUUGCAUAGUGGUG